GGUUUGCACGAAACGCGACUCAGUAGAUGUCUUAAUGUAUUUGAUAUAACUUUCUUAGGAAUUGGUAGUACGCUGGGACUUGGAAUGUAUGUUCUAGCUGGGCAAAUUGCUAGUACUAAAGCUGGACCAGCUGUUACUUUAUCAUAUUUUAUUGCUGCUCUUGCAUCAGUUUUUGCAGGUCUUUGUUAUGCAGAAUUUGGAGCGAGAGUUCCAAAAGCAGGAUCGGCUUAUGUUUACAGCUAUGUUACAGUUGGAGAGUUUAUUGCAUUUAUUAUUGGAUGGAAUCUCAUCCUGGAAUAUGCCAUUGGAACUGCAUCAGUUGCCAGAGGUUACAGUGGCUAUGUUGACUCUUUGAUUGGGAAUAAAAUACAGAAUUUUUUUGAAAAAGUAAUGCCAAUAGAUAUUCCAAACAUGUCAUCUUAUCCUGAUUUUUUUGCUUUUGGAAUUGUUAUGCUAUUAACAGUUUUGCUUUCAUUUGGAGUAAAGGAGUCAUCAAAAUUGAAUAAUGUAUUUACUGUUGUUAACUUAUUAGUUGUAGUAUAUGUGCUCAUUUGUGGCUCUUUUAAAGCUGAUAUACAUAAUUGGGAACUUCCAAAAUCUAAGAUUCCUAAAGACAGAGGAGAUGGUGGAUUUUUUCCAUAUGGUAUAAGUGGAAUGCUACGAGGAGCUGCUGUAUGUUUUUACAGUUUUGUUGGAUUUGAUUGUGUAGCAACUUUAGGAGAAGAAGUGAAAAAUCCACAAAAAUCUAUUCCAAUUGGAAUAGUUGGAUCGUUGGUAGUUUGUUUUUUGGCAUACUUUAGUGUGUCGGCAAUUCAGACUUUGAUGUGGCCUUAUUAUGAUCAGUCUGAUUCAGCUCCAUUGCCAAAUGUAUUUGCAAAAGUUGGUUGGACAAGUGCCAAAUGGAUAAUAUCUGUUGGAGCUCUUGCUGGAUUAUCUACCAGCAUGUUAGGAGGAAUGUUCCCACUUCCUAGAGUUCUUUUUGCAUUGGCAAAUGAUGGAUUGAUUUUUAAAUUUAUUUCAAGAAUAAAUCAGAGAUUUAAGACACCAAUUAUAGCCACAAUUAUUUCUGGUAUUUUAACAGCGUUACUGGCAAUGUUGUUUAAUGUUGACGAAUUAGCCAGCAUGAUGUCUAUUGGAACACUUUUGGCAUAUACAUUAGUUGCAGUUUCUGUUUUAGUUUUGAGAUAUAAACCAACUAAUAUGAUGCUACAGAGUUCAUCUUCUGAAGAUGAUGAUUUAUCUGAAUCAAAUAAGAUGAGAGAAGUAAAUAACUCUAGUAUAGUGUAUGAAAAUUUUUCCAUCUCACGGAAUUAUUUGUAUCAAAUCUUUAAUCUUUUGAAACUGAAAAAUCCAACAAAGCUUUCGAGUAGAGUGUCUGUACUGUUUAUUUCAUUUAUAGGAUUACUCUUAAUUGGCAUUGAUGUUAUUUUAUGCUUCUUCUUUAAUAAAAUAUUAGAGAAAAACUUAGGUGUAAUAAUAGGAUUGUGUUUGCUCACAGUGUUAGUUAUUGUAGCUUUUAUAGCCCUUAGUCUUCAGCCUAAAAAUCAAGAGAAAACAAAUUUUAAGGUGCCAUUAGUACCGUUUACCCCAUUACUAAGUAUAUUUAUCAAUAUUUAUUUAAUAUUGUAUUUACCUGAAAACACUUGGAUAAGAUUUGCAAUAUGGAUGGCUAUAGGUUUCUCUAUAUAUUUCGGUUACGGAAUAGUUUACAGUUUAGAACGUGAAACAAAAUACAGUAUACCACCCGAACAAAUUAUCAUCAACGGCGAAGGACUAGAGGAUGAUCCUUUGUUAAAAAGUUAAUACUAUUAAAACGUUAGAGUUUGUACAAAGACUUUGUGCAUUAUUAUUCUUCCGAGAUGUUCUAAUUUUAUAAAUUAUUUACAAAUUAAAAUUUACCAAACUAUACGAAGAAACUAUUUCGAUAUUAAAUGUAUCUUUUUAUAGAAGAAGAAAAAAAAGAAAUGAUACGAAAUGACUGUGAUAUUUAACAAAAUGUGUACAGACGUUUAACUUUGUAUUAAUAGAAAAAAAAUAUAUAUAUUUUGAAUGUAAAAAAGAUGCGUUACAAUUGUGGCCAGUAAAUUUUAAAAUAAUUGUAAUGUUUGAAAGACGAAUAAAUUAAUUUCAUUUAA